AUGUCAGAAGUAGCCAGUGUAACAGAUGCUCAAAUCGAGAAGUUUUCUCUUUUGUAUAAAGAGAGAAGGAAAGUGCAGAUGAUGCGCUUCUUUGGUGUAACGGCUUUAACUUUGAUCUCUGCUAGACUUGCGUUCAAAGGUGUCGCAUCUCGUAAAUAUAUUCCUACUAUGUUUCAAUUGAAUCAUAAGCCUCCCCCAUUUUCAUACAAAGGUGAAGUUGUCAAUGCCUUGGCAUAUGGAACCGCAUUAUCCACUGGUGGAUUUGCAAUGCUUGGUUUUGGUCUAUGCUGGAUAUGGGACGUUUCGACACUCAAGGAAUUGGGAAAUAAAUUGAAGGAACUUAUGGGAGACGGUUCUGAAAAGGACAAGUUAGUUUCUACUAAUAUGGAUCUUGACGAAGACACACAGAAGGUCGCAGAUGCAUUAGAAGCAAUGCUUUCCACCAAGAAAUAA